CCUAAAACUUAAUUUUGCCGAACACCUUAGAAAACUCAAUACCCCAUUCAUAGCUUUCUCUCCUCAAGACCUCAAGGCUCUGAAUUUUCACACCGAUCAGUCGAGAACGCACGGCGCCACGCGGCCACGGCCUGACGGCUGACGGCCCUAUCUCAGUGUUUCAGUUUCAUGCCAUUCACGGUGGCUCUUUGAAGAAAUAGAAUGAAUAUGAAUAUGAAUGAAAAUGUAACACAAAUCCAACAACAACUCACUGAGCUUGAGAUUGAAGCCGAGCAUCUAAUAUUGGCACGGCUUCAGGUUGUGGAAAAUGACAGGUUAAGGAAUGGGAACAGGGAGGCAUUAACAGCACUCAGGAAAAAGGCACGUACAACAAAAGCUAGUGUUCCUUCUCCGUUUGAGUCCAUUAUGAAGGAGAUUGGAGGGCAUGGUUCCAAGACAUUGGUUCAAGAAAUCUGCCCAACUUGUGGAAAUCAUGAUGCAACUGAAAAUAUGUGGAUGAUGUUCCCUGGAACAGAUGUCUUUGCUCAGGUCCCAUUUCAUGCCGCUCAUACCAUAUUAGAGGAAGAUCAAGAAAGGCUCGACUCUGAAUUGAAGGAGCUGCAGAGUCUUGUCAAAGAGAAGUCUCUGAUAAUCUCAGACAAGGGUGCUAUUGCCGACAAGAUUAGUCCAGGGAUACUUAGGUCUUUAGUGACAUUAACGGACAAAAAAUAAACAUUUGUGACAAAAUUAACUACUAGUUUUUAUCCUACUAUGCAUAAUCUGAUUUUGUAUAUCUAUCUAACAGUGUUCACAUUGGUUUAGAUCUUUAUACAUCAGGAAGUUCUAAACUUCUAAUGGUUUUUGGGUCAGACAUUUAGUUCAGAAAAGGUCUAUGGGCCACGGCCCUCUACUGUUUUUGCAGCCUAAUGAUUAUUGAGUACUUCCUAUGUUUCUUUAUAAUUGCAACAAUUAACAAUGGCAAAUCUUCUAUUAAGAAAAAUAAAAAGAGAGAAGGCUUCACCUACUCUAUAUUAUACAUCUGUCCAUGCUUAUCCCACUCUUACCUCCUGUUUCUUUUUUUUUGGACACUCCUACCCACUUUAUGUAAGGUAUUUUCUGGUACUUUAAUUAAUAAAGCUUACCAAAUGUGGAAGUGUUUAAUUUUUGAAACACCUGUUUUAGCCAAGUGUUGCAAUUUUAGGUUUUUGGUGAUUAAAAAAUUUAUUUUAAGCCAAUCAUAAUCAUAUCAUUUACUCUUUAAAUGUCAGUAGACCACCGGCACUGUUCCUUAUGAACAGUAGGACAGUGCGCGGAUGAUUCUACCCUUCUUCUGGGGUUUGUUUCACGGUUUUGCCACCUGUUGUCUUUUGCUGUUGUUGCUUUCCCGUUUUUCCUCACCAUCACUCAUUUGGCUCACCCUCUUCCUACUCUCUUUCUCUCUCCUCUAUUUUGAUUUUUAAUUUUGAUUCUCUCUUCGUACUUGCUUCUUCUUUUAUUUUGGUGAUCUUCUUUUUGUUCGCCAUUGAAGCUUAUAUGAGGUGAUUUAGUGUGUAUUUGUUUAAUUUUUUGGGUUUAUUAUUUGAGUUUUGAAUUUUACUGAUUUUGAUUGUUUCUCUCUGAAUUUUACUGAUUUCGAUUGUUUCUCCAGGGUCAUUUCUGGGUACUCUUGUAGACAAUCACUCAGGUUUUGAAGGUGUCAGUGAGAUGGGUGUAUCUGCUGUGAAGGUUUAGAGAUAAUCGACAUGUCAGCAUGGGUUCUGAAAAGUGGCUAGAUUUAGAGGUCUGGAACUCUACUCGAGAUUGCUUUAAUGUUCUGAAGUCAUGUGGUUACAGAAUAGCCACUACACAUCUCGGAAAAGAUAGAGUUUCUAUAUAUGACAUUGAUUGGUCAUGCCCAACUGCCAUUGUUGUUGGGAACGAGAACAGGGGAAUUAGUGAAGAAGCUUUAGAGUUUCAGACUUGCACUGCAGUAUUCCUAUGAACGGCAUGGUUGAUUCUUUUAAUGUUUCUGUUGCUGCUGGGAUACUGAUGCAUCAUGCUGUUUUUGACAGAACAUCACGCAUGGUGAGAUGACACAGCUUCAAUUUUUAUAUAGGUCUGCAUAUAAGUGUUUCUAAGGUGAAGUGUGAAGCCUGUAAUCACCUCUGCUUUUUAAUGGCUGCUUUCAUUGCACGGCUCAAUUCAAAAGAAUGUCUUGGCUGCUAUGCACAAGAGUUCUGUCGUCCAUCGUCUUCGCAAAUAUUGUUUGGUUCCUCUUUCUCUCUCCUCUUUUUUGAUUGAUUUUGACCUAAUUUUUAUGAUUGAUUUUUAUAGCAAUUAUGUGUUUUUUUAUGGAGUGAAUUUGGGUAAUUUUGUUUUGCUUUUGAAUCUUGGUGUCCUGUUGGUUUAAUUGUUUUUUGCAUGGGAUGUUAGGUGAGUUUGAUUGGUUUCAUUUGCUGCUUGAAUUCGUUAAGUGAGCUUGAUUGGGUUCGUAAAGUGUAUUUUUGGGCUUAACAUGUUUUAUUUAGCUGUGUUUUAUUUAGUUGGUGGAUGUUCUGUCUGUAAUAAACCAGCGUUAUGCUUAAACCUUGCAACUUUAUUCUCACUACUUGCAUGUUUAAGAAACGCUAGGCAAGUAAAAUUAAGUAUACCUGCCAAGAAAAUUCAUUUUGUUUUGGGGUUUUGCAGCUUUUACUUGUACUGUUAUUGUUUUUGUUAUUGUUCAGGUAUGAUAUUUGAUUUGCAUUUGUUUAUUGUGGUAUAUAUAAUCAUAAGAGAGUGGUGUAUCGUAAUAUGCAGUUUUUAUUUUUUGAUGGAGAAAAUCUGUGUAAUAGAUCAUGAAUUUAACUGAUGGAAUAGAUCUACAACUCUAAAUCUAAAUUCAUACCUACAUAUAAAUAGAUUACCAUUAAAGGGUACAAUUUCUAAUUGAAUUGAAGGUCUGUUUUUCAUUGAAAAGGCUAGAUUUCAGGUUUGGUGUUAUAUUUAAGUUACGAUGGCUUAUUUAGUUAUUUCAAUUCUAAAUAAUGCUUCUGUAAAAAAAAAAAUUCUAAAUAAUGCUGUAAGUCUUGCUUCUGAUUAUUUGGAUCUGCAGGAUCAUCUACCAGGCAUGGACUGAAUCCAGAUUUUGUGGAUCUAGAAGGUCAACUCACUCAUGAGGCACCACGGGAAGAUGAGAAAGAUCUUGAGAGUGGUCUUGUAUGUCAAGUUUAGAGGACUCCCUCAGUUUCGACAAGCUGCCUAGCAUGGGCACUCUUGACAGGAGGUUUUAAUUCUUUGACUGGAUGAAAACUACAUCUGCUACAAGAUGGUGGUUGAUGAAUUGGAGGAGCUUAUAUUAGGGUAGGAUUGGCAUAUUGCCUAUAUCCAGCUAUUCUCAUAAGUUUGCAUUUGUUAUACAAAUUUAGGACCAUGUACCAAUUUCUUUUACUAAAAGCUCAGAAUUAUGUUAUUGUAGUGGAUGUAGACUCUGCAGGACUGUCCUUUUUUCUGCCAUUAUGUUGGCAUAGAACAGCAACAGUGACUUCUCAAGGUAAUUUUCUCAACAUGAAUAUUCACAGAAGGAAGAAUGGUGAUUGCUUGAUGUAUAAUGUACUGCUAAAAUUACCAGACUGUAAUCAAAGUCUUUGCUUUUAUAUUUUCUUAUUCUGAUUGCACCAACCUUGGAAAAUUGGGUUCCACCUUAUGCUGCAGUUUUAAUUCAUGUUCUUGU